AGCUCGCCUUUAAACCCUAGCAAAGCCGUCGGCCGCCGCUGGCUCCCGUCCUGGAGAUUCCGCGGGAGCGCUUCUCUCCCUCGCCGGUGUUCCAGCCUUUGAGUUGAGGAAUCCGAGGUAGGGUUGCUAUGGGGAAAGGUGGCAAGCAGGCAGUGGAAAGUGAUAGGGGUGAGAUCAUACACCUUGAUUACAGAGAUUUUGGAGGUUGGGGCGCUGAAAAGUUUGCCCGUUAUGUGAACAAACUAUUGCUCGCCCGUCGAAAUGUAGACUUGCACACAUUCCGUCUGCAUUGGGAUCAUUAUGUUCCCCUGAACUGCAAGGAUGUCAGAUCGUGGAUUAGCUACGCGGUGAAACAUAAAGUUAAAGUGCUUGAUGUGGAACUUCGUAUGUAUGAUAAGACUAAUUUACCUCCUGGCAUUUUCACCUGUCGCUCACUUCAGGAGCUAAAUUUGCAGUGGGGUGAAGCUCCUUACCAAGAAAUUGAACAUAAGGGACUUGUACCGCCUGACAGAAUCAGGCUUCCUUCUCUAAAAAAAUUGACUCUGCGAGAUGUCGAAGUGAGCGAGCUUCCUCUGAGCAGUUUCAUUGACCGGAGCCCUGGCCUAGAAGACUUGCAUUUGAUAGAAUCUGCAACGUGUCUUAAGCUCAUAGCCUCAAAAGUGCUAAAAAGGCUGACCCUUGAUGGUUCCAUGUAUGGAGUCGAGAACCUUGUAAUUUCUGCCCCUCAUCUCAUUAGCUUUGAGUGCACUGGUUGUUCACUGAAAGAUAUUUCCUGGAGAGACAAGCCAUCCUUAGAGAGAGCACGCAUACAUACUUGUGGGAGUACAUUUGGUGGUGAAUCUAGGUUUACAGAAGUUCUCGUGCACGCCAAAGAACUUGCAUUAUUUGGUUCUGACAUAAAGGUUAUGUUGGAAAAGGAGCUGCCUACUUGUUCAGUGUUUGAGAACCUUACAACUCUUGAACUUGGUAAAUGGGAUUUAACCAAGGACAUCUAUGCUGUGCUUCGCUUUCUCCAGCUUUCACCAAGACUAGAAGAACUCACUUUAAUGCAUAGGCUGCCUUACAAAGAAGCUGAAACAGAUGUUAUGCCAAUUGGCGAAAUGAGCUUCCAGUGCCCAUUCCUUGGAAGUGUGACCAUACAACGUUCAGAGGGUGAUACUGGAGUUGAUAAGCUGGUGGAUGUUCUGGUUGCGCAUGGGGUUAGUUCGGACAAGAUAAGGGUUACUUCCUAUGAAGAUAUCCAGAAGAAGGCUCACGCUGACAAGAUACGUGCCGAACAGGAGCGGCCGAAGAAAAAGCGCAGAAUGGUUUGAUGAUGAUCCUUGCGCACCCCGAGUGACCUUGUU